AUGUGCGGCGAGAUUGCCAUCCGAGAAUUGACCGGAUCAGGUUCCGCCGGGAUCGGCCGAUGGAGUGUGAGAGUUUCCCGCCACGCACGUCUUCUCCCAACCAUGCUUGCCAGAGUAUCGCGAAAUGCGGCCAGGCGCUCAGCACGCACUGCGACCUCUGCUGUCAGGGCCCGCUCCUUUGUUCAGCCAUCUGGCGCUGACAGGGCGAGUGUCGUCGAUCUGCCGUCCACCUACCAGGAGGACAACCACUUCUCCCCACGGCCAGAUAUGUUAGGCUUCAAGCUGGAUGUACCUCGCCGGGAGGACUCUGUGCUGGCGAAAACUCGACCGAUUUACCUGGAUAUGCAGGCCACAACUCCUGUAGAUCCUCGGGUUCUCGAUGCUAUGUUACCCUACCUCACAGAGCAGUAUGGCAAUCCUCAUAGUCGGACUCACGCCUAUGGAUGGGAAGCAGAGCAGGCGGUUGAGAAUGGAAGAAAGCAUGUCGCAGAUCUUAUCGGUGCAGAUACUAAGGACAUUGUUUUCACGUCAGGCGCCACUGAGUCGAAUAACAUGUCUAUCAAAGGCGUUGCCCGCUUCCACAAGGAGAAAAAGCGACAUAUCAUCACAACACAAACGGAACAUAAAUGCGUCUUGGACUCUUGCCGAAAGCUUGGAGAAGAAGGUUUCGAGAUCACUUAUCUACCGGUCCAAAACAACGGCGUUGUCAACCUGGAUGAACUAGAGGCAGCGAUCCGACCCACAACAUCUCUUGUCUCUAUCAUGGCCGUCAACAACGAAACGGGUGUAAUCCAACCUUUAAAGGAGAUUGGCGCGAUAGUUCGCAAGCAUCGUGGAGUAUACUUUCACACAGACGCUGCGCAAGCCGUUGGCAAAAUACCGCUGGACGUGAAUGAGAUGAACAUCGACCUGAUGAGCAUCUCCGGACACAAAUUAUAUGGACCUAAGGGUAUCGGAGCUGCUUAUGUACGAAGACGGCCGCGAGUGAGAUUGGAACCCAUUCUCAGUGGAGGUGGCCAAGAGCGGGGUUUGCGAAGCGGCACAGUACCUGCUGCUCUGGUGGUAGGAUUGGGUGAAGCAGCCCGAAUAGCGCAAAAGGAGAUGGCCAGAGACCAAGCCCGUAUCAAAGUGCUCUCGGAUCGCCUCAUUAACAAGAUCAACUCUCAAGUCGAACAUGUAGUGAGGAAUGGCGACCCGAAUGGUUACGCAGGAUGCGUCAACCUUAGCUUUUCAUAUGUCGAGGGGGAGAGUUUGCUAAUGGCUUUGAAGGAUAUUGCUCUGUCAUCGGGAAGUGCGUGCACCUCUGCAUCAUUAGAACCGUCCUAUGUUUUGAGAGCGCUUGGUGCUGCCGAAGAUAUGGCACAUUCCUCCCUUCGCUUUGGUAUUGGUCGCUUCACGACCGAAGCCGAGGUCGACUUCGUCGUUGAUCACAUUAUUAAAACCGUGCAUAAAUUGCGAGAGAUGAGUCCUCUAUGGGAGAUGGUGCAAGAGGGAAUCGACAUUAACACGAUUGACUGGUCCCAGUCGCAACAUUAG